UUGAGGUCAAUAACACAAAAAUCACUUUCCUUACCUUACCGGUACCUCGCCUCAUCCUCCACCCUCUCUCUCUUCCUCAUCUCAGCAACUGGGGCCACCUGCGAAAAAGUACCAUCCCUGAUAGUAACGGUUUUUUCCCACUAAGGAGCUUUUCUUUCUCCUCUUCUUCCUCUCCUCCUUGGGACCUAUCUGCUUCGCAGAGGACGGAUCGCGGGACUUUACAUUUUACUUGGAAGCCUUUUGGGAUUACUAGGGUAGGGAUAAGAGAGGCUUUCAUCGGGAAAGAGGGGAAAAAAGACUGCGGUAGAGGGGGUGUGAUCGGGACUUUAACGCCUUCAACAUGGCGCGACAGCAGGAAUUUGCACCUAUGGUGAACUGGCUCUAUGAUCUUAUUCUAUGGUCUUUCUCAAUUCUUGUGGAUCUCUUCUUUCGUGAGGUUCACCCCCGUGGUGCAUUCCGUAUCCCCCGGAGGGGUCCUAUUAUCUUUGUCGGAGCACCACAUGCAAACCAGUUCGUCGACCCUCUAAUCCUCAUGCGCGCAGUCCGCCUAGAAUCUCGCCGCCGCAUAGCAUUCCUCGUAGCGGAGAAAUCAAUGCGAAGGAAGUUCAUUGGAUGGCUAUCUCGCUGUGUGGGCGCGGUGCCCGUCUCCCGCGCCCUCGACAUGACCAAGCCCGGCACCGGACGCAUCUACCUACCGGACCCCCAACAACCCCUCAGAAUUAGAGGCGCCGGGACCAAGUUUACGGAGGAGCUGAUUGCUGGCGGGUUGCUGGUUCUGCCGCCAGAAAAGGGACAGAGUGCGGCUAGUGCUGAGGUUACUGAGAUAUUGAGCGACGAGGAGGUCGUGCUAAAAAGGGAGUUUAAGGGAGAUAUUGCCCUGGCACAGCUUACGCAGAAAAGCGGGGAGGAUGGGAAUGGGAGCAAGUAUAAGGUUGCGCCAAAGGUCGAUCAGAGUCAGGUCUAUGAUGCGGUGUUUCAGAGAUUGAAUUCCGGUGGUUGUGUGGGUAUAUUUCCUGAGGGUGGUAGUCAUGACAGAACGGAAUUAUUGCCAUUAAAGGCUGGUGUUGCUAUUAUGGCGCUCGGUGCUCUCUCUGCCAACCCAGAUUGUGGACUCAAAAUUGUGCCUUGUGGGUUGAAUUAUUUCCAUGCUCAUAAGUUCCGAUCACGGGCUGUCAUUGAGUUUGGAGCUCCGAUUGAAGUGCCAAAAGAGCUUGUGGACCAAUACUCUAAGGGCGAGAAACGUGAGGCUGUUAGGGCUCUGCUGGAAAUCAUCUAUAAUGGAUUAUUGGCAGUUACUGUUACCUCACCAGAUUACGAUACCCUCAUGGCAAUCCAGGCUGUCAGAAGGCUUUACAAGCCGACUAACAAGAAGCUUCCUCUCCCGAUGGUGGUAGAACUCAACCGACGAUUGGUCACUGGGUACACACAUUACAAAGACGACCCACGCAUAAUUCACCUCCGUGCAUCCGUAUCAGAAUACAACCGCCAACUCCGUCUCCUCGGCCUCCGGGACCACCAGGUCGAGUACGCAAAGUUCUCCUUCUUCCGCGUCAUUCUCACCCUGAUCUACCGCGUCGGAAGACUCGUUUUCCUCGGAACCGGCGCCCUACCUGGCUUUGCCCUCUUCGCCCCCGUGUUCGUCGCAACACGCAUAAUCUCCCAUCGGAAGGCCAAAGAAGCUCUUAAGGCCUCGACUGUCAAGAUCCAGGGUAAGGAUGUAAUGGCCAGUUGGAAACUCCUCGUAACCCUAGCUCUCGCUCCAAUCCUCUACAACUUCUACGUCGUAAUCCUCUGCUGGUGGACAUACCGCCACCGUUUAUUCGGGCUGAUGCCAGACUGGAUGCCGAUAAUCGGCGUGGCAAUCUUCGGCUGGAUAUGGUUCCCCAGCAUCACGUUCGCAGCCCUACGCUUCGGCGAGAUAGGAAUGGACAUCUUCAAGUCCCUGCGCCCCCUAGUUCUCUCAUUGAACCCCACGAGUGCAAACACCCUACACAAACUCCGCCAGAAGCGCGUACAGCUAGCCGUAGAAGUGACCGACCUGAUAAACGAACUCGGCCCCGAGAUAUUCCCGGACUUUGACUCUGCGAGGAUAAUCUCCGACCCGUUCAUCAAGCCCGACGCCCUUCCCACAAUCCACACCACCUCCCGUACCCGCCGUGACUCAGAACUCUCAUCCGACUCGAACCUUUCACCCACCUCCGAGUCCGGUGGCUGCGCUCCCUACGCUACCAUCGGCGUAGGCUCCGGCGUCGGAGGCAACAGUCACAACAUCCCACGCAACGAGAGCUUUGGGAACCUUGGCAGCAUCGGCCUCUUCGCUUCUAGGCCUGUUAGUAGAGCGCGUAGUAGGAGUAACAGUGGCGGGUUCCCCAUUAAAGCGCUCAGCAACAUUGAGGGCGCGGGACAGUUUGGCUUCGACGAAGUCAGUCGCAAGAUUAGCUCUGCCAUGGCCGAGCGCAGGAGGGAGAGGAGGAGGAGGAGGAGUGGGAGUUUGGGCUGGGGGGAAGAGGAAGUAGAUGGGCAUGGGGGGAGCACUAGUGAGAGUGAGGGCGAUGGGGAGGAGGAGGGCAAAAAGAUGGUUUGAGCAAGUGAAUACGGUAGGAGCAAGAAUAAAUAAAAAGAGGAAGAGAGCGCGCAGUGAGGAUGGGGGUUUACCUAUUCAUUUAUCUCACCUCCUUUCCUUCCUGUUUGAACCGUUUUUUUCACCUUCCUUUCCGUUUUCCCGUCGGGCAGAUUCGGCUUGGCUUGGUUUUGGUCUGGGUUUUUGUGCUCGUUCGUGUAUUCGUUCUGUACGGUAGUUUCUCACCCCCUCUUUUUUUUCCCCUCUCCCCCUCUACCACCCCGAUGCGCCAGACCUGGUUUUACCCGUCAAGUUGGAGCUUGUCCCGGUGUUCUUUUUUCUUUCUUGCCCCCCUCAAUUGUCUUGAGUCAGGGGCGUUGGAGUUAUUGUAGCUGAGAAUAUAUUAGUCUUAAUAUGAUAUCCCUGCUUGUUGUUCUUGCGUGAUUAUUCCGCUAGUUUUGCUUAGUUGGCUGGGUGUUAGAGCUGGGUAUUUCCUGAUACCGUAUUAUACUGGGCAGAUUG